AUGAGACGGUAUGAGUGGAAAGCGACGGGAUUAAUUCUCUCGAAUGGAACUACAUCAUAUAUCCGACAUUUUCUGGAACCAACAACUACAACAACAAACGACAAAAAUGCUAUGGUAUUGCAACGCUUGGUAAUAUCGAUUGAGCUGAACUGGUUCAAAGGGAAAAAGAAAAAAUAUGGCUUAAGAAGACUUGGUCUUAUAUUAAUGAGCUUGAGUGACACAGGUGGAUCUAUCAGAAAUGAUACAAUCGUGUCUUAUUUAGUCCGGGCAAUUAGGCUAACCUUUCUAGAAUUUGCGGUCAAAUGGGACUUUGACAUUUACCCGGUUGAUUAUAGUAAUGCCCUGACAGUAAAGUAUCAAAUUUGGGGUAGUUUCGCUUAUUGUUUUCCAAUCUAUGAAGAACUAGAGAAUUCAGCUGACAGAAAUUGUACAAACCAGUCAAUGGAGUACUUAAAAGAGUAA